UAAAAUAAAAUAAAAUAUAAGUCCACUCAAAAGCCUCAACCUCUAUGGCUCUAUGACUAUGAUCGAAGGCCAUCGAGCCCUAGACUAAAGAAUUCCAGCUCGAAUCAGUUAUUACUAGUUCGAUAUGUUCAUGUUCGUCUUCUCUUUAAGUCUUGAAUCUUGAUCGUCAAGAAUUGUUCGACUUGUCUAUGUUCGCCAUCUCUUAGUUCUGGAUCUUCAAGGACGGAAGACCAUUUAAAAUAUAAUCGGGCAUGCUAUGGACUGUAACAGUGGAUUUUGGACUCCAUGUGGGUGCUGAUGGUGAGACAUUAGAGAAUUCAAUUGAUAUGGAGGUUCGAGCUGGUCACAAAUGUGAAACAUUAUAUAGUUCUUCUGAAGGGGGACCUCCUCGGGAUCAGGAUAAAAUGACUGAAAAUUCUUCUGGGAGGGAGUUGGUUAUAAUUCAAGGGGAACCGAAUUUGGAACCCGAGGUGGGUAUGGAGUUCGAGUCUGAAGCAGCUGCACAUGCAUUUUAUAGUGCGUAUGCUAUGCGUGUGGGUUUCAUCACUCGCUGGAGCAAGCUAUGUCGUUCGAGGCGUGACAAGUCAGUUAUUGGUCGAGCAUUUGUAUGUAACAAAGAGGGUUUCAGAUUACCUGAUAAGCGCUGCAGAAAAGGAACAAAGCCACGGGCACCCACGAGAGUUGGUUGCAAAGCAAUGAUUGCUGUGAGGAAGCUGAGUUCUGGAAAAUGGGUCAUUUCAAAAGUUGAGAAGGAGCACAGCCAUCCACUAAUGACUCCUGGAAAAGGCCGAAAGGGUUCGAUUUACGAUCAAUAUCCGGAAAGCUCGUAAGGAGAAAUUGCAUGAGCUUCUAGGGACCAAUUGGUUGACCGUGUUUUAGUUAUUUUGCUCUCCUACUGUCAAGCUGAACUUGAAGUCUUUCUUUUAUGUCAAUUUUGGCUUGAAGAAUAAAAUGAUAUCCUGUAAUCUUUCUUUCUAGAAGCUUUAUAGCAGUCAUUAGAAUGCUUGGGAAUUUUUUAUCUAUAUAAGAUGUUUUGUGCAUGGAUGUGAAGAUGCAUCAUUAUCAUUGUCAUCAUAUAAGCCUUGUCCCAACAAUAUGGCAUUGGCUCCACGAAUCAUGUUUCACCAUUUCAUUAAAUUCAGUGCCAUGGCCGUUGUUAAAUCAUGAGCCCUUAAAUAAUUUUUUACUAUUUCAAUUCAUGUCCUUUUUGGUAUGCCCCUAGAUUGAAAUGUCUUAGCUGCUAAGGUUGUAUUUGGCAUGCUACAAAUUAAGAAUGUUGGAUAGCCCAUGCUAGAAUGACAAAAAUUAUGUGACUAAGGUUGAUUCUUUGGAUACAACCAGUCUUGCUCAAUCAGAUGAUUGGGUGGAUUUCAGACAGCUUGGCCCUCUGAGGUCUAGAAAAAUACAUCCUCCAAGUCAGGUAACUCUGGACUGCCCAAAAUUUGAGUUCUCAUUGAUUCGUACUCAGGUUUGAUUCCUGAAAGAAACUUAACUACAUACAGUUUUUUUUCUUUUCUUCUCCAUAAUUGUAACAUCACUGGUGACAGGUUGGUAUGUUUUGGGUUCUUCACAAUUAUGCCCUUAAUUAUAGAACUUUGACUUCACUCCCCGUCCCCGACUUUGACAGAUUGGCAUGCUUUGGGUUCUUCACACUUUAUUUGUGAACAUUACUAAUCAAGCUUAUUGAAUAGAGCUUUGACUUCACACCCCCUCCCCGGUCUAUUUUUAGGAAUUAAAGUAGAACCAGAUGCCAGAUUCCACCUCUUCUUUUCACAGAAGUUAGCAAAUCCCUUGAGGAUAUCUUCCUUAAAGAAGACUAACCAUCUAUGAGGAAUCUCAUAUUAAAGCCAUGAGGGCCUGGAGAUUUGCCCCCAUCAAAAGAUUUAAGAGCCUUUCUGUCUCCAAAUUCCUUUUCCAUGCCAUGUGACAUGUUUUCAAAUUCAAAUGGCCUGGGGGAGUCCAAGAAUGGUGGUAUUGAUAAGUAAACUGAUUAAUGACAGUUCAAUCUAAGAAUAAUUGAACAGUGGUCAAAAAGUUGAUAUAUCAGAGCUCCCUAUAAAUUUUGGAAAUGCUAACUUCCAUCGUGGAAAUGUUCACUUCCAUCUAGGGAGAAAAAGAAUCUAACCAAUUUGACCAUGUGUAACAACUCUUAGAAUAGGUUCAAUUACUUCAUUCUCGUGAAUAUAAUCAGAAAAAUCCAGUCAUCUAAAAAGAUAUUUUGUCUUCUCAUUCAGCAUUCUGCUAACAUUAAUGUUCCCACCAACGAUCAAGGGGGAACUCCAUCUCCAUCCGAUAUAAUCAAGCUCCUCCACCACAAAAAGUCUCAUCUGAGUCAUGGGGACCAUAGACUGAUGAGAUAAGAUAAUAGUGAGCUAAAGAUAAAUUCUAACGUAUUGCGGGAAACAAAAAUUAUACUUUUGUUGAUUAUGAUAAGGAAUUCCACUACACAUGUUGUCCACUAUGUACAAAAUUACAAAUAGGAAAAGAUGAACAUGCCCUUGAGGCAGUACAAUAAAUUUAUUAUAGAAUUGUGCUUAUCUAUUGCUUGGUGCAAUGGUAAAAUCUCAGGCUGAUAAAACAUUAGAAGAGAUGUUUUAGUCUGAGUGGCUUUUUGUGUAAAAAAUGCCAAAGGUUAGGUCUGUAUCACUCCACCCCAUUCAUGACCCUGGAUAUCUGGGACAAACACUAGUAAUUGCCCUUUAAAUUAAUGUGUUUCUCUAGCAUAUAUUCUGCUAGGAAUCUUGAGGCCAACCUUCCAUGUUUCGAACUAGAAUCAUAGGAACUUCAUUUGUACAGCUACAGUUCUUUGACACUUGUAUUUUUAUGCUUUACUUUUUUUUUUGUUUUGUUUUUCCUUUCAUGAUU